UAUGUCACUACGAUGACAGUUGUGGAAAUAUUUUAAUUUAAUUUGUACGAGUUUCACUUAAUUUUCAAGCAGAACGUUCUUUUUGUGCAUUAAUAAUUAAUCAAAGUGGGGUUAUGUGUACCCACAAUUACCUCUUUAUAAGUAUUUGCUAACUGUGGCAUUAAUUUGAACUUCACGUAGUUAAAAUAUUGUCUUUUGGACUUAUUAUGUAACGGCUUUUGUUUAAUAUAGUCUGUGGUAUCAUCUCCAGUACCAAAAAUACAAAGUGAGGUUAUGUAAUUCGAAUGGAGACGGAUAAAGACCCCAAUCGCCUGGAAAGCGUGACAUCGUCGCCCACAUUCCCAAAUUAUUUUCACUGUUCCAAAACCUUGACCAGUUACUACUGUGACCAAUGUGUAUUCAACAGUCAAUUACUAGUGGACUUGAAGCAUCACACUUACGAACAUCUAAACACCACCUUAAAAAAACACCGAAGAACUCUAAUACAAGUUUGUGAGCAAUGCAGCUACAAAACUCACUCACUUCUAAUGUUGUUCAAUCACUACAUCCGUAACCACAACUCUUACAUAAACCACAAACUUCACAAGUGCAAACGGUGUCCCUUACAGUGCAAUCUGUCAAACUUUUCGUGCAAAAAGUGUUCGUUUACCACUAACUGGAAGUGUCUAUUAUACAAGCACAUGUCUAGUCAUGUCGGCGAAGAUUCCUUGUGGGUCAUGUGUGCCUUUUGCCCCUUCAAAACGCGCCAGGAAAGCUCGCUGAAACGACACAUCAGAGCCCUACACACCUCAGUCGAGCAAAUUCCACUGUUCGAAUGUAAAGUGUGCCAGCACAAAACGAUACGCGCUGAUCACAUGAAGCGACACAUGAGAGAAGUGCAUUCGUGCUACAUUUACAAAGUCGAACACAAAAUCAAUAAGAAAGAGUUCACCGAUAGGGAUCGCGAAAUUCCGAAAGUUCUGGCCAUUAAUUGCCCGCAAAUACAGGAAUCUGGACACAACGUGUUUUUGUGCGCGUUUUGUAACGGCCACAAUGUGUUUCAGUGCGUUUUUUGUCCACUGAAAACUGUGAGCAGGCGGUGUUUGAGCAAGCAUAUUCAAGAGGCGCACGAGAAGAACAAGUACGUUGAGAAAAAGGCGGCGGUGACUUUUCAGUGCGAUCAGUGUUCGUUUAGUACUGAGUGGAUGAAUACUCUUAAGAUGCAUAAUUUGUUAAAACAUCAGAAAAAAGACUUGUUUAUGAACUUAAUGUCUACGUGACGUAGUUUGAACGCGAUUUUUUUGUAAUUAUUUGGUCCACGCAAUAAAGUUAUUUUGUCUUUUUU